GGCCGCCCCCGCGCGAUGUUUGCGCAGGCGCCGGGGCCCGGCCUUAGACUAUCGCGAGAAUCGCUUCCCGGAAGUUCCACGUCGGUCAGUCUGCAGAUCCGCGGUUCGGAGGUUUUCUUAGGGCCUACGUCCGCGGGAAGAAGUGAGAGUCUCCGGGCUUGGACCAACGGAGCCAUGCCUCUUCGACUUGAUAUCAAGAGAAAGCUAACGGCUAGAUCUGAUCGAGUUAAGAGUGUGGAUUUACAUCCUACAGAACCAUGGAUGUUAGCGAGUCUUUACAAUGGCAGUGUAUGCGUUUGGAAUCAUGAAACACAGACACUGGUGAAGACAUUUGAAGUAUGCGAUCUUCCUGUUCGAGCUGCAAAGUUUGUUGCGAGGAAGAACUGGGUUGUGACGGGAGCGGAUGACAUGCAGAUCAGAGUGUUCAAUUACAAUACCCUGGAAAGAGUUCAUAUGUUUGAAGCACACUCCGACUACAUUCGCUGUAUAGCUGUUCAUCCAACCCAGCCUUUCAUUCUAACUAGCAGUGAUGACAUGCUUAUUAAGCUCUGGGACUGGGACAAAAAAUGGUCUUGCUCACAAGUAUUUGAAGGACAUACCCAUUAUGUUAUGCAGAUUGUGAUCAACCCCAAAGAUAACAAUCAGUUUGCCAGUGCAUCUUUGGACAGGACCAUCAAGGUGUGGCAGCUGGGCUCUUCUUCACCAAACUUCACUCUGGAGGGACACGAGAAAGGUGUGAAUUGCAUUGAUUACUACAGUGGUGGCGACAAACCGUACCUCAUUUCAGGUGCAGAUGACCGACUUGUUAAAAUAUGGGAUUAUCAGAAUAAAACAUGUGUACAAACACUGGAAGGACAUGCCCAGAAUGUGUCCUGUGCUAGUUUUCAUCCUGAAUUGCCAAUCAUCAUCACAGGUUCAGAAGAUGGAACAGUGCGCAUUUGGCAUUCAAGCACCUACCGGCUUGAAAGCACAUUGAAUUACGGAAUGGAGAGGGUGUGGUGCGUGGCUAGUCUGCGGGGGUCCAAUAACGUCGCUCUGGGCUAUGAUGAAGGGAGCAUCAUUGUGAAGCUUGGGCGGGAGGAACCUGCCAUGUCCAUGGAUGCCAAUGGAAAGAUAAUUUGGGCCAAGCACUCAGAAGUCCAGCAGGCCAACCUAAAAGCAAUGGGAGAUGCCGAAAUUAAAGAUGGAGAAAGAUUGCCACUGGCAGUAAAGGAUAUGGGCAGUUGUGAAAUAUACCCUCAGACAAUUCAGCACAAUCCUAAUGGGCGGUUCGUUGUGGUGUGUGGAGACGGGGAGUAUAUCAUCUAUACAGCGAUGGCCCUGAGAAACAAGAGCUUUGGGUCUGCCCAGGAGUUUGCAUGGGCCCACGACUCCUCAGAAUAUGCCAUAAGAGAGAGCAACAGUGUUGUAAAGAUAUUUAAGAACUUUAAGGAAAAAAAGUCAUUUAAACCAGACUUUGGAGCAGAAAGUAUCUAUGGAGGCUUCCUGUUGGGUGUCAGAUCUGUGAAUGGCUUAGCCUUCUAUGACUGGGACAACACAGAACUCAUUCGCAGAAUUGAAAUUCAGCCCAAACAUAUUUUCUGGUCCGAUUCCGGAGAACUAGUCUGUAUUGCCACUGAGGAAUCAUUUUUUAUCCUUAAGUAUCUGUCAGAAAAAGUCCUGGCUGCACAGGAAACACAUGAAGGAGUUACUGAAGAUGGCAUCGAAGACGCCUUUGAGGUUCUUGGCGAAAUUCAAGAAAUUGUAAAAACAGGGCUGUGGGUGGGCGACUGUUUCAUUUACACAAGUUCUGUGAACAGAUUAAAUUAUUAUGUCGGAGGAGAAAUAGUCACCAUUGCCCACUUGGACAGGACAAUGUAUCUCCUGGGCUAUAUUCCUAAAGAUAAUAGGCUUUAUCUGGGGGAUAAAGAAUUAAACAUCGUAAGUUACUCCCUGCUGGUUUCAGUUCUGGAAUACCAAACAGCUGUCAUGCGGAGGGAUUUUAGCAUGGCUGAUAAGGUCCUUCCUACCAUUCCAAAGGAACAAAGGACCAGAGUUGCACACUUCUUGGAAAAGCAGGGCUUCAAGCAGCAGGCUCUUACGGUAUCCACAGACCCUGAGCAUCGUUUUGAACUGGCUCUUCAGCUUGGAGAGUUAAAAAUCGCAUACCAGUUAGCAGUGGAAGCAGAGUCAGAACAGAAGUGGAAGCAACUUGCUGAGCUUGCCAUCAGUAAAUGUCAGUUUGGCCUAGCCCAAGAAUGCCUGCACCAUGCCCAGGAUUAUGGCGGUCUGCUGCUUUUGGCCACUGCCUCUGGAAAUGCUACCAUGGUGAACAAGCUAGCAGAGGGGGCAGAGAAAGAUGGCAAAAAUAAUGUGGCCUUCAUGAGCUACUUUUUACAGGGCAAGCUUGAUGCUUGCUUGGAGCUCUUGAUUAGAACAGGACGACUGCCAGAAGCUGCCUUCCUAGCCCGAACUUACUUACCCAGUCAUGUUUCAAGGGUAGUCAAACUGUGGAGAGAGAAUCUCUCAAAAGUCAAUCAGAAAGCAGCAGAAUCCCUUGCUGACCCUACAGAGUAUGAAAACCUUUUCCCUGGGUUAAAAGAAGCCUUUGUUGUUGAAGAAUGGGUGAAGGAAACACAUGCCGAUCUGUGGCCAGCCAAGCAGUACCCACUUGUCACGCCAAAUGAAGAGAGAAACGUUAUGGAGGAGGCAAAAGGCUUUCGGCCCUCAAAACCUGCAUCUCAACAGGAACCUGAUGGAAAACCUGCUUCCCCUACGCCAGUUAUUGUGGCUUCUCAAACAGCCAACAAAGAAGAAAAGAGCUUACUGGAGCUAGAAGUAGAUUUGGAUAAUUUGGAACUAGAAGAUAUUGACACAACAGAUAUCAAUCUGGAUGAAGAUAUGCUGGAUGACUGAACGCAGUUUUCCAUUUAUUGACUAAACAGAUCAUUUUAUAUAUAUAGAUAAUUGAUCACUACCCUGUCCACCAUGCUUGGAACCAAGAGAAACUCCUUAAAUUUUUAUAAGGAAAUGCUGUGCACCAGUGGGCGCAGAAUGACCUCCUUACCUUAAGAGGAAUUUAUGUGUGCAUUUAAGUUACUGUUCUUGUCACUAACUAAAUUAGACAUGGGCUUCGAUUUGUUUUUCAUGCUGAUAUUACAAUGUAUCAUAAAAUCUUCUGAGUCAGUGAUACUUCAGUUGCGAGUAAUAAAAACAGGCUUUUUGAUACUUCAGUUGCGAGUAAUAAAAACAGGCUUUUUGAUA